GUGUGUGUGUGAGAGAGAGAGAGAGAGAGAGAGAGAAGAAAAGGAAAAAGGAAUUGAAAUAGGAAGUGGAAGAGAAUGGGGCUUAGGGGAAUACAAGUCAGAAUAGAUACCGCUGACUCUGUUCCUUUUUGAGUUAAUGUGUAAUGAGGAUGUGGACCUAACACUCCUGGGUUCCCAUCAGUGAAUAUAUACCCUACCCCCCCAAAAAAACAAAUUCGGAAAAAUAGCCUCUGCCCUCCUUCCUGCUUCCAGCUGCAACAGUUAAGAGGUUUCAGUACCGACAAAGGUCGAAGGUGCCUGGUUAUUUGAUCACCUUAUCAAUUAGGUCCUGGCCCUUGGACCAAGCAAGGCACAUUCUCUAGCCCAGAGAUCUCCAGUGGAAUCAGUUAAGCAGAUAUUGAAAACAUUGCUAUCUUUCACCCUUUGGCCCCCCAAAUUUACCCUGUGUGCACUGGAACAAUACUGAGAGGCAGGGUGCCAACAAUGAAAUCUUUCCCAUUUCCAGCUGUCCUCUUGUGAAGUAGCUCUAUUGUCACACUACCGCUUGCCCCUGGCCCUGGGGGAAGACUGUAAGGACCGGCUGUAGCCGGAUUCCUGGAUUUUAUUAGUCUUGUCUGCAAGGAAGGAGUAACUAGAGAGGCUAGCUUCAGAAAUUCUGCCCACAACCCACUCCCCUCCCUCCAACUCACAGCCUUUCCUAUUCUAACAAGAAGGCCUGGCUUGUAGAAUUCCAGAGGGGGUCGGUAGUGGUGAUAGGGUUCUAUUUUCCAGGGGAGAGCUGUGUUUGUGAGCAGCAGCCCUCUGGAGGUGAGCGGGGGAGGGCUGUGGGGAUCCCCUAGAGGAUUUUAGGUAGGUAGAGAGUAAUGCGAGCUGCUGUCUUCACAAUCCCUCCCUGAGUCUCUUCACAAAACACGUCUCCAAACUCAAACUGUAGUUUCACUUUUCUCAGCUCCGACUGCUGGACAAAAUGCUCCCUCUAGUGUCUUGAACGCACGAAAUUUUUCUCGACCUUGAAGAGGCUGCGCGGUCUUAGUUACGUGGCCUUCGAAUGAAGUCUAAAGUACCACCCACAAACUCCUACUCGCCCCUGCAGCUGCGGACUGAAGCUCUGGGGCCGUCAGGGCCGCCACUCUUCUGUUUCCUCCUCUCCCAUUGGGCACUGGAAAUUAAGCACCUUUUUUCAUCAUUGGGUGGGUUGGGUCUUUGAGAGCUUCCUUUGCCCAUUUCCAAGAUGGCGCUUAUGGCCAUGCUUAGAAUGCAGGUUGAAGCUACAGUUCUGCCAUUACUUAAGAUGGCUGCCCCCAUCAAGAUGACCGGGCUGUGCCUAGGGGAAAGAGGCAGCAGGAGGCUUUGAGAUGGUAAGGGUUAGGGUUCCAUUGUGGGCAGAGCCUUGGGACGUGGGAAUGAAGAAUAGAGAAACUAGGGAGCUAGCUGAAGCCUGUGGUGGUGGUUAAGAAUAGAUAAUGGGAGAGCGGACAGGGGUGACAGGUGGGGGGUGAAGGAUCAACGAUGGGGCGGGAGUGUGCCUGGGAUUCAAUUUUUCCAUCGCUGCUCUCUUCCCCUACUGUUUCUUGUUGCAGGUCUAGCAUUGAACCCUAUGGAAGUUUCUGAAACUGGGGAGCCUGAUGAUGGGGGGUGGAGCCCGUGGGGGAUAGAGGGAGCAAUAGAUUGUUUCCCCUGGUUAACUCCGACCCCUCCCUGUCCUCUGGACUAAAAUGGGGAACACCCUGGGCCUGGCACCGAUGGGGACUUUACCCCGCCGGACCCCCCGUCGAGAGGAACCGCUGCCCAAUCCCGGGAGCUUCGAUGAGCUGCACAGGUUGUGCAAAGAUGUAUUUCCAGCACAGAUGGAGGGCGUGAAGCUGGUUAUCAACAAGGUUCUGAGCAGCCAUUUCCAGGUGGCUCAUACUGUGCACAUGAGUGCCCUGGGCUUGCCAGGGUAUCACCUCCAUGCCGCCUACGCAGGGGACUGGCAGCUUAGCCCCACUGAGGUGUUCCCCACCGUAGUGGGGGAUAUGGACAGCAGUGGCAGUCUCAACGCCCAGGUCUUGCUUCUGUUGGCAGAGCGGCUGCGAGCUAAGGCUGUCUUCCAGGUGACCCACAGUUCCUGCCUCCAUCCGCUGAGGCACCUCUCUCUCUCUUCCAUGGGUAUCCUGCCUCGGGGGUCUCGCGGGAGGAGCAAAGGCAAUAUUGAACAUAAAAAGAGGGAAGGGUAUUUUACUUCUUACUCUGCUCCCCAGACACAACAGGCCAAGUUCCUGACGUGGCAGUUUGAUGGCGAGUAUCGGGGAGAUGACUACACAGCCACUCUGACCCUGGGAAACCCUGACCUGAUUGGGGAAUCAGUGAUCAUGGUCGCUCACUUCCUGCAGAGCGUCACCCAACGGCUGGUGCUAGGAGGAGAGCUAGUUUAUCACCGGCGACCAGGCGAAGAGGGGGCCAUCUUGACUCUGGCAGGGAAGUACUCAGCUGUACACUGGGUAGCUACGUUGAAUGUUGGGUCAGGUGGGGCCCAUGCAAGUUAUUACCACAGGGCAAAUGAACAGGUUCAGGUUGGAGUGGAGUUUGAGGCAAAUACAAGGCUACAAGAUACAACCUUCUCCUUUGGUUACCACCUGACUCUGCCCCAGGCCAAUAUGGUGUUUAGAGGCCUGGUGGACAGUAACUGGUGUGUUGGUGCUGUGUUGGAGAAGAAGAUGCCCCCCCUGCCCGUCACUCUCGCCCUUGGAGCCUUCCUCAAUCACUGGCGCAACAGAUUCCACUGUGGCUUCAGCAUCACCGUGGGCUGAAGUGGUCCUGGAGGCGAUCUCCACACAGCAGCUGGAACCUUUGAGUCAGAUGCCCUAGGGCCAGAGACUAACUAGGUCCCUCUCCAGAGCCUACCUUGCUGAUGACUUCUAGGUCCCAUGGGCAGAGUGGGGGACAGGACCGUGUCCUCCUCGGAACUGAAGCUGCCACACGACCACUUUCCCGUGAGGCAGUGGUUUGAGGUUCCCAAUUCUGCCAUCAGCCCCACUAUAAUUUUCCGUAUCUCUACGGCUCUGGACUGAAGGAGAAGGAUUAAGGGAUGUAUCUGGCUUCCCUCACCCUACUUUCUUCUUUAUUAUUUUUAUUUGAUUAAGGUAUUAGCUUCUUCAGAGCAGAAAGAUCUGCAUGGGAUUCACUUCCUUUACCAUUUCUUCCAUUUUCUAUCCCUCAGCCUCCCAAGGUUGGGAAAGGAGGGUUAAAGAGCUAAAUCUUUGGCCAUAGAAAGACCAAAGAAUGGGCCCACCCAUUCCUUGAAGGACCGUCCCCUCCCAGCCCUGAGACCUCCUCCUUUCCCAUCUUCUAUGUUUCCAGAGAGCCACUUUGGUCCUAUGAUCACCCCAACUCCCCACUCUCUGCCCCCUGCCCUGUCCAUGCCCCAUGGAUGACCGCACGAAGAGACAGUUACUGUUCAGUGUUUCAUUGCCGUCACUGAGAUCCUUUUAGCUGGUCCCCAUCUUGGGCACCAGCAAUUUCCCCUUGCCAGUCCAAUGUAUCCCAGGGGGUCUAGGGAAGGAGGCAAGCCUGGGCCUCAGCUGAAGAUUUCCCAAAGCAGCGGCAUCAUAGCGGACAGUCCCUGGAUGCGCUGUAUUUCAUACCAGUAUGCGUUGUUUAUGCUCCGGAGCUCAGCCAGCAGGCCCAUCAGCUUUGCAUACAGAAACCUUUGGAAGGAGUAGUAGGGUUACCAGGGAAAGAAGAGGGAAAUAAGGCAGCUGGGAAUCUUGUCCUGAGGCCCCAGUCCCCCCCGAACUGUCCCUCCAGGGAGUUAAGUCUGAACAUUAGAAAAUCCUGCUGUGGAUGGCACACACUACACUUUGAAAAUGUUCAGAAGUCCCCAAGAGGGCCUCUGUCAGCACUGUCUUCCUUCUUUGUGCCUAGUUUUUCCUGAGCCCAGGGCUUAGAGGUCAAAUGUAAAGAACUAGACUUGGCCAAAACUUCAACUGUAUAGAACCUGAAGAAGGUGGAACCUUCUAGAUGGAGUUCUAGAAGGCAGGUGUGUUGUUCUAUGGUAUAAAACAUCCCCCUCUUAGCAAACUGAUUUAUCAAGGAAUGAGCAGAACAAAAGUGGCGUUAACGUCAGAGCCUGGGCCUAUUGAACCAGGGACAGGCUUUGUCCAUGAAACUGUGAAUGACCAUGACUUCAAAUGGAACUGAAAAAUUCAAGGAAUUGACCCAAGGGAAAGGAGAGGGCCAAAAAGAAGAAUGAAGUUGGAGAGGUGAGGUGAUGGCUACCACCAAUCUCAGGAAUGCUAUCACACACAGGCUAUGAGCUACUACUUUGCAUCUCUACUGAAUAAAAAAAAAAAAAACUUGGAAAAGUGAGAAGAACAGCAGUAUGUGAAGUUUGGGUACUGGAACUAUGUGUGAUAGGGGUGGCCCAAGGGAAGAUCUAGAUUCCCGAAGGAAACAACGGUAAAUGCAUUCAUUCUGAUCCCAAUGUUUCUCAAUCCCUUCCUUCCCCCAGUGCAGCCUGUGAGUCCCCAGCCUCCGACCUACCGACUUUGGGGUCUCUGCUGUUCCAAAAUGUGGUUGUUCAAAAUCAGUGCCAUCUCUUCUUGCAGCUGAUCAAUCUCUUCUCUCUGGGUGACUCCAGGCCUGUCUGCGAUAGGAAAGUGGGAAGGUCAAGGUGGCAGGGACACAGGUGGGGAGCCUUGCAUGGUACAGGGACUGAGAAUGGUAUAGAUCCACACUGUGGGCUGGGAAGCAAGAUAGUCAGGGAUAGAUUAAAGGGGACGAGAGUUAGUUCCUUGGCUUUUGGAUGAUUCUCACCAGGAGAGAAGAGGGCCAUGGCGGCCAUGAGCACAUACUCGGGCUCCUGGAGUUUCAGUCGUUUUAAUGUCCCAUGGAAGCGGACGAUCAAAUCCAAAAAUUCCCACUGGAACCCUACUGUGAGAGGCGGCAGGCUUAGGAGCCUCCUGGUGGCACUUCAUACUUUAUAGACCACUGACGCACAGCCUAUGCCGUCCUACCGUCUUACCAUGGGCUGCAUCUUCCAUUCUGUAGCACAGAGGCCCACAGAGGAAAUUCUGCGUUUGAAGACAGAAAGUAAGGUUGAGUGAGAUGUGCAGUAUCUCCACAGCCGCUCCCUUGAGCAGGGAGAUCUGGUCCUCCAUGGGUAGGGCCC